AUGACUAUGCCCCUGUACAAGCUCACAGCGACCCAUGCGUUAGAGCUGAUUAACAAUAAUACUAUCUCAGUGGAAGCGUACGCCAAAUCGCUCUUAGACCGCAUAGAAGAGCGAGACCCUACAGUUAAAGCAUGGGCUUACCUAGACCCCGCCUCUAUCCUGAGCCAGGCACAAUCUCUUGACAAGAUUCCAGUCAAGGAGAGGGGACGUCUGCAUGGUGUUCCUAUUGGAAUCAAGGACAUUAUGAACACUAAAGACAUGCCGACACAAUAUGGGUCUCGGAUCUACCAAGGACAUCGAUCAGGUUCCGACUCGUCCGCAGUCGCAAUUUUACGAGCCGCAGGUGCACUUAUCUUUGGCAAAACAACCACCACCGAAUUCGCCGCGACCAACUCAGGACCCGAAACGACUAAUCCUCACGACCCAAAUCGUACUCCAGGUGGCUCAUCGUGCGGCUCUGCUGCAGCUGUAGCUGAUCUGCAGAUACCACUUAGUCUGGGAGCACAAACUGGUGGUAGCGUUAUUCGCCCAGCAUCAUUCACUGGCAUCUUCGCUAUGAAACCGACUUUCAAUGCCAUUUCAGUUGAAGGCCAGAAAGCUUUCGCCCCGACCUUUGACACUUUCGGCUUCUUUGGGCGUAGUGUCGACGAUCUCGAACUACUGGCAGAUGUGUUAUCCCUCAAAGAUGAUAAGGCCCCAGUCAACACUCCAUUGAAUGAGAUCUCCGUCGCCAUAAUCAAGACUCCCAUGUGGUCCGCAGCGGGACCUGGUACUGUAUCAGCCAUGAAUAAAACCAUUGCUAUACUUCGUAGUAACGGUAUCAAUGUUGAAGAAUUCGCCUUCCCUACCGAUGUUAAUGACGCAGAUGAACUGAAACGAGUUCAAAAGUUCAUCAUACUAGGCGAGGGACAGGCUUCCUUCCUUAGGGAGUACCGGCUUGACAAGGCGAAGCUCUCGAAUGAGAUCCGCGAUAUUAUCGAGAAUACAUCAAACAUUACAAAUGCAGAAAAAACGGAGGCAACAUACAAACUCUGCAAAAUGAGAGAAAGCAUCGAUAGACUGGUCAAGCGCUACACUGUCGUGAUCACGCCCAGUGCAAUAGAUGAAGCCCCUCUCGGCCUCGACGAUAUGGGCAGUGCGACUUUCAAUACUCUCUGGACAGGAUUUCAUGUGCCGGUCAUCAAUAUCCCUGCAUUUGUAGGGGAAAACGGCAUGCCCGUCGGUAUCUCACUUGUGGGACCUAGAUACCGUGAUCAACAACUGCUACUGACUAGCCGGGUCAUCAGUAAGAUACUGAUGGCUAAGGGUGACUGGAAAUUUUCUUCUCUGAUGUAG